CGGCAGAAACGUAACCGCGAAAUUCCGCACAUCAACAAAAGAACCUUAAUUUCUGCUAUUCGAAAGCAUUUACUUCAUUUGAUUUAUUUUAAUAUAGUAACUAUUGGGGCUUAGUCUCUGUUAAGAGUUCAUUUAAAUAGCCUCUUCAACAGACAACAGUGUUCAUUCUAUCUACUUCAUUGAGUUGCGAAACUAAUGUGUUAAUAAUAAUAGUUUUGUCAUUAUUACUGACUACGGUUAAUUUUCAACACAAGGUGGUCGUUGAGCCAAAAUUAUAAUAAAACAAUUGUGUUUUAAAUGGAGUCUACCGUCUCAGUUUCAAAGGGUGUGUUUCUAUUCCCUAGUACAUUAAAAAAACCUAAAAAUGUGAAGCAAAAAACUAACUUGUUCGAAAAACAAUUCAAGAAAGAACCAUGGUACAAGGCAUAUAAAAAGAAUUGGGACAAAAUUGAGUCUAGAAUUAUGUAUUUGCAUCAAAAAACAUAUGAUGUUCUCCUGAAUGACAUGGUGAACUAUAUAAAGUCAUUCUACGGAGGUAAUGAAUCAUUAACCUUGGAAGGUAUUAUACCCAGUGCCACUCUUCUGACUGGAGUCAACCAGCCAGACCAUGUGUCUCAGUUUGAGACACUUAUAUCAAAAAUAAGGGAUGAAGUGACACCUCACAUUGCAAUGGUAAAUUCCCAAGACGCAUCUACAGUAAAGCAUUUAGUUGAAAAUACAGUUUGGCAGCUGGUAAAUGGACAUGAAAUAAUGGAUGACAGUGUAGAUUCAGAUGAUGAGACACUGCCAACAAAGAAAAAGUUAAAAAAGAACCAAUGCACAAUGAGACUGUUACAGGACUGGUACAACGCCAAGUAUCUCAGCCCCUCUCCCAAGAAAAGACAAAACAUCUCUAUGAGAUCACUGGUCAUCAUUAUACCGGACUUUGAAAGCUUCAAUUGUAAUGUUUUACAAGAUUUUGUUAUGAUUAUAAGUUCGUACGUGUCCUCUUUACCGAUAGUGUUCGUGUUCGGCGUGGCGACGUCGGUGUCGGCGCUGCACAAGUCGUUCCCCUACCACGUCUCAUCCAAACUGCUUAUCAAAGUGUUCCAUUCGCAUUCUUCGCCAGUAUACAUGAAUCAGGUGCUUGAAGAUAUAUUCCUGAACUACACAAGUCCCCUCCACCUAUCCGGAAAAGCGUUCGAGCUGCUGACUGAUGUGUUCUUAUUCUAUGAUUUCUCAGUCACAGGACUUAUUCAAAGCAUAAAGUAUUGUAUGAUGGAACACUACUACGGAGACAACGUGAAAUCACUCUGCUGCGAACGAGAAGAUAUCGAAAACGCAGCAUCCAAAUUAUCAGCAGAAGACUUAGAAACCAUCCGCCAACUGCCUUCCUUCCGGCCCUUUCUUGAGGCACAGGACUGUGAAACGAAGAUAGGUCUCUUUGAAGACGACAAUUUCUUUAGAGAAGUAUUGUGCCAAGAAUUGAACAAGCUACAUGAUUACUUGCACAGUUUUUAUUUGUGUGUGCGGUUGUUGGCGGCCUUUUUGAAGGAUCUGCCUAAAAAUGUCAUUGGGAAGACGGUCCGCGAAAUAUACACCAAAUGUGCCGGCGAAUCUAUAACCAAAACCCCAACUUUCAAAGAAUGUAUGCAGCUCAUAAACUUCCAGUCUCAACUGAAGCUACUUGACAGUAUACAGGGUGCUCUUAAAGUCGUCAAUUCGGAGCUACAAGUAGUGUCACCAGUGAAACCACUGAGAUCCUCACCAACUAAGAACAAUGCUAAUAAAUUAGUCUUAAAUAAUGAGUUAGGAGAAACAUUUGCUAAGACGGUCAGGGUACAUUUGCUUACGUUUUUGAGGCAGCUCGAAAAAGCCAAUACUGAGGCUACUGUGCUGGCAAAUGUCGCUAAUGAGACUGAGAAUGAUAUGGAAAUUGUACCGGGAAAUAGAUACAAAUUGAAAGAGCAACUGUUACGUGCGACGAGGGCAGACCGCAUCCAAUCCGAGUUCGAGAUGAUUCGUUCGCGCUUCGUCAGCUACCUCGAGGACAUGUUUGCAAAGGGCCUACAGCCGCCGACCACACAGACCUUCCACGAGGUAUUAUUGUUCAGUGACGUGAGCAGCGUCAGGAAGCAGAUCGUCGGCUCCCCCCGCGGCGCCGUGCACACCGCGCUCAGCAACCCACACCAUUAUUUACAGUGUUCAUGCUGCCGACUAUCGUCGUCUGACAGCGCUUCAGCGACACUUCCCGACGUGUGUCUAGCGUACAAGCUGCACCGCGAGUGCGGCAAGCACAUCAACCUGUACGACUGGCUGCAGGCGUUCGCCGCGGUGCUGUGCCCGGGGGAGGAAGAAGGAGACGUGCACACACAGGCACGAUUCACUCGAGCCGUGGCGGAACUCCAGUUCCUUGGCUUCAUCAAGUCUUCAAAGAGGAAGACGGACCACGUGAUGCGUCUCACCUGGUGAUGGACAAUAUGGACAUCCACCAGUUCAAGCUAGAGUCAAACCACCGGGGACGAUCCCCACCGAUCUCCAAACCCCUAUUUUGGGUUAGUUGUUGUAGUUUCCCUCAUAUUUAUUGUGCCCUUAAAUAUACAGCUAACAAGGAGGCUUGCGUCGACCAACCAACGCGUGUGACUUUGAUUAAGCUCCUUUUUAUGGAGCGAAACAGGUCAAGAAUGUUAAACUGAUUCGUUUUAAUGAUUUUUAAUUAAUACGAUACUGUGUUAUUAAAUAAAACAGAUAAAUUUAUACGCUAAAUUUGUAAAACAAUUUAAUUUUUUAAUAAUUACUAAAUCUCCAUAAGGAUGUCACCGUAACUAUCGACGUAGAAGCUGCCAGACAAUUCUGACCAGCUCAUAAGAAUCAUGUGCCUUUGGACCAAAAAGUUAUAUGGGUUCCGUACCAAAACGGUAAAAAACGGAACCCUUAUGGUGACACUGUAUCUGUCUGUCUCAUCGCUAAGUAUCUCGAUCAAUUCUGAGUAUACGCUUUACGCGAU